AGCAAUCAUUAGUUCAGCUGUUUUAGCUUAGAGCAACCUUGUACUGUUUUAAAAACAUACCGUUCUUGUCAAGGUAACUGUAAGAUAAUUCAAGCAAACAUAUUCAGUUGGUGUCUUUGAUUUGGUAUUGCAUAAGCACCAUGUGACCCAACAGAUCUCUUUAUAAGAGAGUCCAGUUAGUAGGGGGAAUCAAAGGAGUCUCAUCGACAGCUCUUGAAACAUCUUAAAACAACAAGCCAUCACAAGCAGACCAGCAUGUCUUCUGUGAACCAUCGGAACAGCAGCACUUCUGACUGGAAAAAGGACAGGUCACAGAAUAAAGACCAACACUUCACUGAUGUUCUUGGUCUGCCGUGCAUUGAGAAUCUGGUGUGUUCUGCAGAUGAAACCCCAGAGCGCAUCGCAACUACAAUUACAGGUAACAUCCCCUCCUGGAUCAAAGGCAAUUUCCUCAGGAAUGGACCUGGAAAAUUUGAGAUCGGAAGAAGCAGUUUCAACCACUGGUUUGAUGGCAUGGCGCUUAUGCACCAAUUCCACAUUGAGGAUGGAAAGGUGACAUACAUGAGCCGCUUCCUCAACAGCGAAAACCUUGAGCAUAACCGCAUUAUGGUGUCUGAAUUUGGCACAGUUGCCCUGCCAGACCCAUGCAAGAACUUCUUCCAGCGCUUCCUCUCACGAUUUGAGCUGCCAAAGCAAAGUGACAAUGCGAAUGUGAGCUUUGUUCAGUAUAAAGGAGACUACUAUGUCAGCACAGAGACCAACUUCAUGCACAAAAUAGACCCACAAACACUGGAAACAAAAGAAAAGGUGGACUGGAGUAAAUUUGUUGUGGUUAAUGGAGCCACAGCUCAUCCCCAUGUGGAUCCUGAUGGAACUACAUACAACAUGGGCAACUCUUACACUCGAAAAGGUGCUUUCUACAAUAUAAUAAUGGUGCCAUCAAAAAAGGUGAAUCCAAACGAUACCCUGGAAGGAGCCACAGUUGUGUGUUCAAUCCCAUCGGAGGACAAGACUAGACCAUCCUACUAUCACAGCUUUGCCAUGUCAGAGAACUAUGUGGUAUUCAUCGAGCAGCCAAUCAAAAUGGAUCUCUUGAAGAUUGUGACAAGCAGACUCCGUGGAAAGGGAAUUAAUGAGGGCGUAUACUGGGACCCCAGACGAAACACAGUUUUCCAUGUAAUCAAUAAACACACUGGAAAGCUGAGCCUCAUCAAGUAUUUUGCAAAGCCACUGUCAACCUUCCAUCAGAUAAACUGUUACGAAGAAAACGAUUUUCUGAUCAUGGACAUGUGCUGUUCUGAUGAUGGCCAAGCAAUUAACAACUACCUGAUUCAGAAUCUAAAAAAGUCUGGAAGUGCUCUAGAUGAGGUAUACAACACAAUGUGCAGAGUGUUCCCCCGACGCUUUGUCCUGCCACUGAACAUAGACAGUCAUACACCCUGUGGGCAAAAUCUCAACACCCGCUUGAACAGCACUGCCACAGCCAUCAAGACAGACAAUAAUAAGGUGUUUUGCACACAUGAAGAUCUCCAUGGUAAUGAUCUGCAUGAUUAUGGAGGUCUGGAAUUCCCACAGAUCAACUAUUCAAUGUGCAAUUCCCGUCCCUACCGUUAUUUCUACGGAUGUGGCUUCAGACACCUGGUUGGAGACUCUCUCAUUAAAAUGGACCUUCAAGGCAAACAAAUAAAGGUGUGGAAACAUGCAGGCAUGUAUCCCUCAGAACCGAUCUUUGUCUCAUCACCUGGUGCUGUAGAAGAGGAUGAUGGAGUCAUUCUGUCUGUGGUAAUCACCCCAAACCAGGACAAAAGCACCUUCCUUCUGGUGCUGGAUGCAAAAACAUUUGAAGAACUGGGCCGGGCUGAGGUACCUGUCAACAUUCCAUAUGGAUUCCAUGGGACUUUCCAAAAUAGAGACUGAGAGAGUUUUAAAAAGCCCAAAUAUUUAGCAAGAUGUUCAAGCUGUCUCUGAAUAACCUGCUUUUAAUUUUCUACUUGUGUUUUUUUCUCUCCUGAAUUAAUAACUUAU